GUGAUCGGGAGUUGGGAAGGACCCUUGGAAAUGUGGAGACAGGUGCUACCUCAAGCCUCAAGAACUGUGAACUUGCGGGUGGUCGUAGACUGGAGCUUCAUCCAAGCUCCUUCAAUCGUCAAGAGAAACACUAAUCACCUGGAGCUGCGUAGAGAAUCGAAGAUUACUGUCUGAGACCUGCCUGUACCAUCGACAGAGGACGGCUCCACCAGUGAUCUAUCUCCAAGACGCGUCGAGCGCGUCGACGACAUCGACCCUGCUGGCCUGCCAUCAUCAGGCACCAUGAGUCGCCAAAUCGAACAAGCGCUUUGGUCGCUGAUGCCGACCUUUGCUUCCGAUCUCCAACCGUCCCUGAUCGAGCUGACCGGCUCCCUGCUCGCACAAUCCCGUCUCAAGGCCAGCACCCUCAAAGCGGAGGAAGAGGUCGCCCGUCUGUACGCGUGCGCCAACAUUGCCUGCGAUCGACUCAAAAUCACCCUCGACCUUCCGCCGAUCCAGCCACGACCACCUAUUGCCCCCAAACACUACAAGAAGCUACAUGCCCAUCUUGACAAUGUCCUGCCGCAGUCCAGCACACCCGCGCGAUCCCGCGCCGGGCGAAUACGCACGCCUAGCAAAGCAGCCAUGGGGUACGGAGUCGUCGAGGUGAAAGAUUCGCCCGCAAGAGGGACACCAAGCAAAGAACAGAUUCUGGCACAGUGGCGGACUGGCGAUGGAGCCACACCGACGAAGCGAGGCCAGCACUCCCUUCUCAGGCCUUGGGUCAGGCCAGUCGUGAAGCGCAUGUGCGCAGAGCUUCAGCAGGAGAAGAUGGUGCAGACGGUCUUUGCGGGUAUGGAGACGAUCACCUGCCCAGCGGGACGGCCGACCAAGGACGAGUGGGUAACUGACAACUACGCUGCCCUGUUCGCAGCCGUGUUCUACUGGAGCUUGAUACGAUUUCGAGCACUGACGGAAGGCACCGUCAUCCCCCGCGAACCGGCCUACGAGCAGAGAAGACAGAUCCUCUCCCUCAUGUCCCAGGCGAGGAAGACCGUGGUGCUCCCGGGCGCAGACGACGACGUAUCCUGGAAAGACUGGGCGGACCUCAAACCCAGAGACUUCAACCAUGCCGUAGCGACGGUGAAGGACCGCGCCUGGCUAGCGAGCAGUUGGUACAAGGACAUUGACGACGUUGUCAAGUUUCAUAAAUGGGACGAGGGCAAUGACCACGUCGACGAGGACGCCGACUUGUCGGGUCCCAUCCGAGCGCGGCUCGUGGACACCAUGUUGCAGGACAAGACAGACUACCUCAGCGAGAUGCGGAAGAUGAACUACGAGGCUUGGAAGGCCGAUGUAUUGCUUCGAAUGGCUCAACGCAAAGAGGACGUGAUGGACAUAGAUACCCAAUGAUCAAGAC